AUGACUAGAACACGAAAGAAAGAUAAAAUAGACCGCGAAUGUAUUCCGGCAAAAUGGUCUUGUGCUAAUAACGAAUGUAACGCGGUAUGGGAAAGUUCGGCGACUUGGGUCUCCAAGGUUAAGGUUGAAAAUAAAAUAAGUGCUAAAGACUUGACCAAAAGAGAUUACGCCAAACAAAAAUGUAAAAAGUGUGGUAACUCAGACAAUAACUUGGAAGAAUAUCCAUUAGUUAUUAAAAAACUUAUAUAUGAAGAAAAGUGGUAUCGCGUUUAUGGAUUAUGGAAAUGUGAGUGUAAAAAUGAGUGGGCGAGUGCAUAUACUUGGAUUUCACUAGAAUUAUAUAAAAAUAUCACUCCUGUAUCAGAAUUAACAGAGCAUGAUUAUUUCAAUCAAGAUUGUAAAACUUGUAAAACCAAUCAUGAUAUUAAAGAUAUUAAGUUAACCAGUUAUCGACACUUAAGGAGGAGAAAUCAGGACAAACUUCCUCCUAAACGUCAUAUGUCAGAACAUUGUGAAAAAUGUCAAAAACAUAAAAAAUGUCAAGAACAUAAGAGUUCAAAUUACCCAAUCCUUUAA